AUGGCGGACACCAUGGUCCCGCCGCCAUCCGUGCCGGUGGUCGCCGCUUUCGACAACUCGAGCAUGUGGCACAACUUCACCUCGUGGACGGCACAGCACCUGGGCUACCUCAAUAUGUCCAAGCUGGCCCCCUCACUCGAGGACCUCGUCUGGGCUGGUCCGAGGAUGGUCAUGAAGCUGGGCAAGCUCGGUUCCUUUAUCUCCUUCCCCGACGCUAUCGACGGCUUCGGCCAGCGAGUUAUACCCGAGGCCACAGACUCCGGCAUCAUCUUCCACGCAACCACAGCUCCGCCCUCGGGCAGUUUCGCCGCCAGCGCCGCCGCCGCUCGCUCGUUCGCGGCGGCCACCCAACAAGGUGCCCAAGGUGCGGCGGCGGCCGGGGCGGCGUCGCCGUCCCGCUUUUCCCUCGAAGGGGCGCGGGGCCUCGGGAGCGUCUUCAGCUAUGCGACGAGCAAGUGGGCGUUGUGCUGCAUCGCCAUGGCUAUCGUCCUCAACCGCACCCACAUCUUCGCCGCCACCCGACGCCGCCUGCGCCUGCGCUGGCAGAUCCGCCUCCUGCUGCGCUUCCUGCCCAUUGUCCUCCUGGCACUGCAGGCCCGGCGGCUGUUGCAGUCGAUCCAAUGCCAGACCUCGCCGGAUUUCGCCGAGAUGCGCUGGGGCGACCCUAGCAAGAAGUCGGACCUCAUGUUCUCCCAGACCAGCACCUUCCUGCAUGGCCUGAGCUCGAAGCUGCUCCUGGGAGCCAGCGACCUCGAGUCAUGUCUCGCUGUCAAGAUGGUACCGCCAGAUGAUCUCGACAUAGCAGCUGAUCUGCGAGGCUCUCUGUCACGGCUGUGGCCGCUGUUUGGCACGUUCUGUCUCAGCCAGUUCUUGGAGACCGUUUCCUGUGCAGUCCAAGGCCGAGCUGUUGCUGCCGAGACGGGCAUGACGCUCUUUGAGCACUCGCUUGCCUUUGCCGAGGCUGACGCUGCGAUCAGCAAUCAGCUAGGAUGGGGUUUGUUCACAUCAUCUGGAGAGAACACUGGCUCGUCUGCCAACCUGGGCGCGAACAUUGCCAUCAGCCGAGCAAUGAUCUUGAGGAGAGUCAACACUCCGCCAGAGGUUCUCCUAGUCGCCUUCCUCUCCUCCAUGAGCCACAUGACAAGUCACGUCCUUGGCGUCUUCAACUUGCAAUCCAAGUUCCGACUGGUCAGCACCGGCUUUUGGGCCAUGUGUUUUAUGAGCAGCAUCAUCUGGAACGUCAUCACGUUCUCUGUCGACGACCCUUCUGGGCAGGGGCUCCUUCGCUUCCCGACUGUCUGCAUAAUUGGGUUCAUACCCCAUGUUAUGGUCUUGUGUGGUAUCAUCAUAUGUUUCUUCAUCUACGGCUUAGCGCUGCUUCUCACCACUGCCGCCCAACCCGAUGAUAGGCCACAAGCCACAUUCAGAGACAGGCUACGGCGCGCGCAUAGUAACAUGCAAGCAAAUGUCUCGCUUGGAGAGAUUAGGAUAUCGUGGGAGAUGGACUUUUAUACCGCCUUACUGAGGGCAGGCUUUGGCGCCAUCACUAUGGCGAGCGAGGCUGUUUAUCUGAACGAGGACCGCAAGGUCAAUCUCAAGCAGCGCACGUGGUUGGAGGACGAGCGCCUUCGCGAGAUCGAAGAGUUGCGGAUGCAUUGGAUAGGCUCGAGCACCACCGGCGCGAGGUUUGACUCCUUUGGCGCGAUCGGAUUGGUCCCUGCCCAGGACGGCAGCGAGAGGGCGUCAAGUGGGUAUGCCCGGGAGCGUGUUGCACAGAAAGUGAGGAACAAGAACGGUGAGAGGAUGCGCCCCUUCAGAGAUGGGGUCGGCGCCGCGGAGCGAAGUGGCCGCUGGCUGAUGGCGAUGGACUACCUCAUGCACAUCAAUCGCCUGGUCAUCAGCAUGAAUGCCAUCUUGAUGUGCCGAAUGCUAGCCUGGUGCGGCGUGAGAAACCCGCCACGGUGGCUCUUAUGGCUAGCCCAGCGGCCCAAGGGUGCCCGUGAGCACGACAAGCAAGGAGCCAGGCCGGACGGCUCUCGCGAGCCCGCACACGAGUGGCUUCCCAGCGCAACGGGAAGGAUACAGAUCCCGCGCAAUGACCACGUGGAUGUCGAGAUGGAGCUGCGCAGGCGCCUGCAGUUUCAACACGAGAUGGGUGGUGCUGUCGCCAGCGAUGAGCACGACGUCGACAACAGGCUCUAUGGCUGGUGGCUCCGGGGUGGCUGGUGGGGCAACACCGACAGCAGCGGCGACUUUGCGCCCUCGGGCCCCGUCGACGAAGACGCCACGAGCGUGAUCACCACGGCCGAGACGGACGUCGGUAGCGAGGCUGACUGGGAGUCUGACCGCGACGACGACGACGCGGACGGCUUCUUCCCGGGGCUAGACGACGGCCAGCGCACCCCGACGCAGAGGUCGCCCUUUGCGUCGCGGGAGGGAAGCCCCGUCCACGACCACCCCAUGGCCAUGUCGGACCUGGCCCGCCUGCUCAGCCCCCGCAGCCCCGAGGAGCGCGAGGAGGCCCGCACCCUCGCCGCCCACCUCGGCGCCGACGGCAUCAUGACCCGCUCCUCCUACCGGCGCUUCCAGCAGCGCCAGCGCGCGCAGGUCCUCGCCCCGAUCGGCGGCCUGCACGCCGCCGCCGGCUCGUCGGCCAAGCUGACGCCCGAAGAGGAGGCCCAGCUGCUCGAGCAGAUCCUUCUCUCGCGCCGGGCGGCCACCACGACCAGGCAACAGCAGCAGGCUUCCUCCUCCUCGGCUGCCGCCGCCGCCGCCGCCGCCGGACAGCAGCAGCAGUCGUGGGCUCAGGGCGCGGCGGGCCUGGGCCCCGACGGCCCGCAGUGCGUCGUGUGCCAGAGCGUGCCGCGCACCAUCAUCGUGUGGCCCUGCCGGUGCCUGAGCCUGUGCGACGACUGCCGCGUGUCGCUGGCCAUGAACAACUUUGACAAGUGCGUGUGCUGCCGGCGCGAGGUCAUCAGCUUCAGCAGGAUCUACGUGCCCUGA